GGCGGCGCGCGGCACUUUUGGAAGCCGGGGCCGGAUAGGGUUCACCUGGCUCAUUGGGUAAUUGGGUUGGGCAGCCCGCCGACUCCUUGCUGCCGGUUUGCGACCUCCAACUCCUUGGGCAGCGCAGCGCACGCCUGCCAACUCCUUAUUGAGAUGGAGCAGUGGUGCUUCCAAGACGGGGCCAGCUGGCGCCCCUACGAUGCGAAGAGCCAAAAGGCGAUCGCGUCCUGCCUACGCAGCGGCAGGAAAUCCUGCAUCAUGUGGCCGUACAAACUCGACCUCAACCAAAAUACGCAAACGAACACUGAAACAGGCAGCGUCCGCGCCAUUGCCAAAAAAGUCGUGGAUUCGGUGGGGGGCUCGGCGGGGAGCGUCGGCCUGGUUUGCUGCCGUCUCGGCCCGCCGCAACCCGUAUACCCGCCGAACGAGAUCGCCGGGAGGCGAACGGCUCCGCUGCCCCGCGACGGCGUGAGCACGGGCGACCCAAACGCGCGCUACGACCAUUUCCGCGCGCCGCGGGCCGACCACAUCCUCCGCGAGGCCGACUUCGACUACGGGACCGAGCUUGCGCAGCUCGCCGCGACCGGUCCGCCGCCUGCGGGCUUCUCGCCGCGGACGCCGCCGCCGCCCGGCGCCCUCGCGCUGGACGUCGACGCCGAGGGCCGCGUCCGGGAGCGCGAGCGCAUCAUGCGUCUCCGCGAGUCUUGUUACUACCAAUUCUGCUGCUGCACGUGCUGUUCCGACGAGCUCUACAAGUACAGCCCGGAGCGGGACGACGCCCAGGAGCGCGCGGCGGCCGCCGCCCACGGCGCCUUCGUCGACGAGGCGCGAGGCACGCUCGUCGUGACGCGCCACGCCUACCGCGCGGUCGUGCCGAAGAACUACACGACGACGGACCAGUACGGCCACAAGUUCGCCGGCAUCGGCAUCGGGGCGCACGACGUGUCGGAGCGAGGCUUCGCCGUACCGCUGCGCUACUGCCGGGUCGCGGCGGUGCCGGCGGGGUCCGUCGCCCGCCGGCCCCUCCUCCUCGAUCCGAAGGUUUCGGACUGCAAGGUCGAGGGUUCGGUCGUCGUCGUCUCGUGCGUGCCGACCGAGGCCGCGUCGCUGGAGGUCGUCGUGGCGUGCAUCGACGUGGGGCCCGCCGGCAACGCGGGCGCGUUCGUCGCCGCCGCCGCGCGGGCUGCGGCCGCGGCGCCGCCCGUGUCCGCGGCGGACCGGGCCGCCUACGACGAGUGGUUCGUCGCGACGCUGGCGCGCUCGGGCCAGACCAAGGGCCCCGGCCAGUUCCGCAAGUUCGUCGGCGGCCUCCCGACCGGGCCGGCCGCUUACCGGUCGGCGAGCACCGACUGGUUCGGCGGUGGCGCGACGAUCCGCGAGCUCGGCAUCCGCCUCGGCAGCGGCAACGUCGUCUUCCAGACGAAGAGGACCAACCCUGUCGUCUUCGAGCACGUCAACACGGGCGACCAACUGCACGGCAUCGACGGCCGGCAAUUGCCGGCCGGCGGCAAGAAGGCCGCCAAGGCCCUAGGGUCGCCCGAGUUCUGGGGCGGCAGCGCCGCGUCGGGGACCGGCGCCGGCCUGUUCACGACGCAGACUCCCGUGUACAACCCCGCGCGAGUCUACUCUGCGCCCCCCGUCGACGCGGGAGUGGCGAGGACGGCGACGCUCGCCGCGGCGGCGCCGCCGACGAUCGUGAGCGCCGGAGGCCUCGGCGCGGUCGGCGUCGCGGACGGCGACGUCAUCCUCAAAGCCGUCGUGAACGGCGCGCGCGUCGACGCGGCGGCCAUGGACGGCGCGGCCUUUGCCGCGGCGCUCGCGUCCGCCGCCGGGUCCGUCGUCCUGGAGUCGGUGCUGACGCUCCGCGACCCCGUCUUCGGGCAGGACCCCUGCGUGCAGCGGUCGCUCCCGUGGUGCGACAUCAGCGAGGCGAACAGGACGGCGCUGCCCACGACGAUGUUGGGGGUCCAAAACGCGACCCCGGUCGAUGCGAAUAUGCCACCACAAGCCCCCGGGUGGUUCUGGCAGGAAGCGGACGGGAGGUGGAUCCCCUACCGGGCGAGGGACUCGGACGAGCUCGACCGAAUGAAAGCCACUGGGCGGCCCAACGCCAUCGUCGCCGGCGUAUACAAAGUCGACUUCCUGACCAUGACGCAGACCAACACGCGCACCGGCUUCCGGCGGCCGGUGUGUCACUCCGACGGCACCGGGGAAGCCACCGUCAUCCAUGCCCAGCCCGCGCCGGUCUCGGGCGUGGUCGCCGUGGGGACUGUCGUCGCAUAGCCCCGCCCAUUUUGCACCACUAUUACUAAUCUAGAUGCCAUACA